CUCUCUUCUUUAUUUUGUGUCUUUUGUUAUUCUCUUUAUUUUUGUGUGAAUGUCCAAUCUGAGCAACGCUGCCAGAGCGCUGCAGCAGCCGCGGAUUGUCUCGCCAGUGAGCGCGCGGCGGCAGCCCCUGGACGGCGUGCUUCUGAUGAGUGGCAUUGAUCCUACGAGUGCUAUUCAUCCGAGUAGCAGCAGCAGCAGUGCGACGACUAGCAGUAGCAAUGGUGGGACUGCAUCGCCACCAGGUGGAGCUGACAAUGCUGCUGCUGCCGCUGCUCUCCCGUCGUCGUCGUCGUCGUCGUCGUCGGUGCCUGGCGCAAUCUCUGUCGUGAUGGCAGGGACGCACGUCUUUGAAGCCGCGGCGCAGUCGUCCGCCGCCCUGCACGCGGUGCUCGAGGCGCUGUGGAACCGGCAUGGCCUGGGCAUUGACGCGCCGGACGCCAAGUCUGGGCUGACUGCCGUCCACCACGCCGCCAAGCACAACGCGCUGGUUGCGUUGCUGCGGCUGUUUGACUUUAACGCGCGUGGUGGCGAGAUUGCCGACGCCGUGGGCAUGACGCCGCUGCACUGGGCCUGCUGGCACCGCUGCGAUCGCAUUGCGCUGGCUUUGAUUCAGCGAUCUCCAAAGAUGCUCGUUGCGCAAGACCACCUCGGGAACACGCCGCUGCACUUUGCAACGCGGGCUCAAGCAUCGCUGCUCGGAAGCAUGCUCGUCAACCAGCCCGCCCUGUGCGUGCCCAAUGCAAAUCCGUCCGCAAGGCAACUCGUCAAUAUCGCUGACAACGAAGGCGCAACCCCGCUCCACUGGGCCGUCGGGCACGGGCUGAUUGACUUGGUAUUAACGCUGCUGCUUGCGGGUGCGGAUGUCAACGCUCGGUCCAUUUCGAACGGCCGGACGACGCCGCUCGGCUGGGCAAUCAUGGCAGACAAGCUCGAAGUGGCCACCUUGCUCCUGCAGCGCGGCGCCGACGUGAACUUUCGCGAUAACACUGGCAAGACACCACUCCACUGGGCUGCGUCCACAUGCAACAGUGGCAUGGCCGAGCUCUUGCUCGCCUUCAGUGCCGAUGCAUCCGCGCUCGACUCCACCGGUGCCUCGCCUCGCGAGUAUGCUGGAGCGCUUCCAGCGCUGCAACAGCGUCUCACCGAGGCAGAGGCAGGUGCCUCCAUCCCCGCGAUCGCACUCCAGAGCAGAGCCAUGGCUGUUUCGGCAAUUGCGGCGUACCGCGAUUUCGUGGACAAUUUCGUUGCUCCUCCGCCUGCAGCUCAGCCUGUUGCUCACCCAAUGCAGCAGCAGCAGCAACAGCCGCAACAGCAGCAGCAGCCGCAACCGCAGCAGCCGCAACAGCCACAGCGACCAACACCAGCGGAACCAACCAGCGCCACCAAGUUACCAUCCUGGGGUUCGCUGCCCCCAAUGACUGGAUUCCUCGCUCCGGCAAUCACGCCAACACAAGCCGCAGUGUCCAGUGCUUCGGUCGCCGUGGAGCCGAUCAACCAGGAACAGAAUGGCAUUAUUGCAGACCAACCCAUUUCGAGCAAACCUGCCGCCACUGCAUCCACCGCGCCCGCUGCCACCCCCUCCUCUACCCCUUCUACCACCUCCACCUCCACCAUGAGCAAAUCUCAGCGAAAGAAGGCUGCCAAAGCGCAAGCCGCAAUGGCCGCUGCGAUGUCGGACGCCGUUCUCGAGCCGGCUUCUCCUGGUGGCGCGCUCGCCAGCGCCGCCGAUGCGCAGGUGGACGAAGUCGAAGAAGGCAGUGCUGAUCCGCAGACUGAAAGUCCCGAGGGAGAGGCCCCAGAGGCAGCAGAGGUCGACCAGUCCAGUCGAGGACUGGCUCUGCUUGAAGCGGCACGAGCCGGCAAUGCGCAGCUCGUGGCCGAAUUGGCCGAGGAAGACGGCGCAUUUGACAUUAUCAUCAAGGGCGAGCUCCAUCACACGCCGCUCAUGCAACUCGUUGUUGACGGCGACUCGAAGGCAGCCAGCCUGCUGAUGGCGGCGGGUGCGAGCAUGAGCGGAAUCGACUCGCGAGGUCGCAAUCUCCUCCACCUCGCUGCUCUGAAUGGCAAUCUCUUGACGAUUGAAGCGCUGGUGCACUUUGACAUCACAGAUCACUUGCAGGUCGAUUCGGUCGACCAAUUCGGCAAAACGCCGCUUGCGCUUGCUGCUGGCCGUGACCAUAUUGCCAUUGUCACCCAGCUGCUGCAGCUGGGGGCCAACCCAGCAGUGUGCGAUGAGAACGGCCGCAACGUUCUGCACAACGCCGUGGCCUCCGUCGAAAGCUUCAGGGCGAUUCUGGCACACGCUCGUGCCAACAAAACGUUGAAUACUGACAAGACGCCCGCGUCUGGAUCUGCAACACCAGCCCCGGCCGCUUCUGCCGCAGCGCCAAAGUCCAAGAACAGCAAGAAAAAGGCAGCCAAGAAAAAGGCAGCGUCCAGCACGCCUCAGCAGCCGCCAUCGGCAUCCACGCUUUACGUUAACGCCGUGGAUGACAAGGGUCAGACUGCCCUGAUUCUUGCUGCGCAGGGUGGCUUUACGUUCGCGGUGAAAGAGUUGCUGGCGGUUGGUGCCGACCCCGCCAUUCGCGAAACCGCGUCCAAUCGCACCGCGCUGAUGGCGGCUGCCAGCUCCAGCAAGCUCGAGGCGGUCGCAGCUCUGAUUCCAGUCACGCCAAACCUCCACGCCAUCGACGCGAACGGGUUUACGGCGCUUCACUACGUCGCCAGGUGGUCGAUUGAGCGCAUGCCUCGCGCGCGUGUCGUUGAGAUUGUGGUUGCACUGACCAACCCACCCUUCUCCGCCGACCCUUCCGUGUGCCCAGCCACCCCGCUGCAUGUGGCGCUGGACGCAUCCAGAACCGAUAUGGCCAUUCUUCUCGCCGAGCACGGCGCCGACAUCCACAACCGUGCCGGACGCAACGUCUCCCCGCUCGAGUCUGUGCCCGACAAGGACAAGGCCCUCCGCAAAAGUCUGGCGGAUGCGUUCAACAGCUGGCGUCUCGCCCAAGAGAAGGAAGCCGCUGCCGCUGCGAAAGUUGCUGCCGCCGCCGAAAAGGCCCAGGCCGCCGCAAAAGCUGCUGAGGCGGCCGCAAAGGCUGCGGCGGCGGCUGCCAAGGCUGCCAAGGCCACGAAAGAGAACGUGGCAACCAAGCCUGACCACAACAGCGUCAAGCCAACUUCAGCUGCGACGCCUGCUCCCGCCAAGACCCCGACACCCCCACCGCCAGCUCCUGCACCCGUUCCGGACCAAAAAGCGCUUGAAGGCAAUCUUCGCGAGCUGCUCUCGGUGCUCGAAGCCUCCAAGUCUCAAUACGACCAAGCAGUCCGUUCGGAUGCCCAGUUGGUCGCUGCAGCCAAGACGGCGAUUGCCGAAGCUCAAGCCGACUUUGAGUCCUGGAAGACCAAGGUGAAUCGGCUCCGGCGAUAAAGCAACAUCAACAUCAACAACUCGUUCGUUGACUACUGGAGCAGCUGCAUUGCAUUUUUAUGUACACUAGAAUACAAAAAUCCUUUUCAAAAGA